AUGUCUUCUCGUUCCCCGGGUGAUCGUAGGAGACGCAAACUAGUGUUCAGAGCCGUGCCAAGUACUUCACAUGAAUUAGGGACACAAGGACGACCUUUGGGUGAACGAGGACCGCCUGCAGGGGAACGGACGCUCUCGUGCCGUGCGAGAAAGGGCGAGAGUUCCCGUGAUGCUAUAAUCGCCAACGACCCUGCUGAGGAACAUUUCACCCUCUGCGCUGGUCCUCGUGGAAGGCUGCGGCUUGUUCCUGAUACUGCUGACCAACCACACCCCAACCCAGACCUAACUAUAAGAACCCGCGUACCGCACCCACCCCCCCACUCCCACACCGUCGUGACUUCACUUGCACGGACCACCCGCAUCAUCACAAUCCUCAACCCGGCCACCCAUGCCCCUCGUGCUGUGUGUGAUUCCCGGGGGGUCGGGGAGACGUGGGGGGGAAGUGGACUAGGUCUCCGGCCUGCUCAUCUGCGCUACGCUGCCACCGCAUCCAGCACCCCCCUGACCCACAUCCCCGACCCGCCUUUGUCUCCCCCACUCCACACCAAACGGUCCUGCACUACCACUAAUGCCAACGACGUCCCAGCUCCCUGUCUUUGUCCUCCCCCCAGCAGCCCCAAUCUUCCCAAACCCCCCCUCCCACCAACUGGGUUCUACGGCACUCAACUUUUCCCCAUCAACCCCUCCCAACCAUCACCCCCCUCCCACAAUAUAACUCAGGACCUUCCAUCCCACACAUACCACCACUCCCACCCCAUCCAGUCACACCCCAAAACCAACCAAGCACCCCCGCUCCAACAUCGCCCACAAAACAACCACCUAAAACCCCCCCCACCUACUGCCAUAUCAGACCAAUAUUCACCCCAGCAUAAAACAAUCCAUGCAACAUCAAGCCCAACAUCCAGCUCCCCCACACAACUUACCCCACCCCCCCCCACCACACCACCCAGAACCCAGAUCUCAUCCUCAACUCCCCUUCUCACUUUCAGUAAAUGUGCCCUGAUCUUCCGGCUGACCCAAGCCUACCCACCCGGACAGAUUCCAAGCCUGAUUCCUAGGAUUUGCAUACCUCGUGCUUCCCGGCGGAUGGUAUCACGUCCCAGUGGCGGUGCAGUUUUCCAGAUUGUCCUAAAAUAUGCAAGACAUAAGGCGUGUCACCUUCCUCUCAUGAAGAAUGCAAGCCGGCCAGUCGAGGGUUCCGCUGCCUGA